GUAAAUACGUAGUUCCGCCACAGUAUCGUCCAUCUUGCUCCUGCCACACACGCACAUGCCGCUCCUCCACCUCUCGCUUCCGCCGCACCGCCUCCUCGUCGGCCGCCGCCGGCUGUUCGCCCCGCCGACGCCUCCUCCCUCCCGCCACUACUGCAUAAGGGCGGCCGCGGAGGAGGCGUGUAGCCUCCCCUUCGCUCCGGAGCGCGCUUCCUAUCACCGGGAGCUCGCCGCGGCCGCCGCCUCCGUCGAACGCGCCUGCCGCCUCUGCGUAGACGUGAAGAAAUCACUGCUUUCAGGUGGAAGGAAGAUUCUUGAAAAGAAUGAUCAAAGUCCUGUAACAAUUGCUGAUUUUGGAGUUCAGGCCCUUGUUAGCUUUGAGCUCCAGCAAUUGUUUCCAUCAAUUCCUUUGGUGGCGGAAGAGGACUCAGCAUUUCUAAGGUCGUCAAAUCCUGAUGAUAACAGUAGUAAUGUACUCGUUGAGUCAAUUUCAAGUGCAGUUGUGGACAAAGUGAAUAACAGUGGUUCAAAUUUAAGUCAUCAUGAUGUAUUGAGAGCUAUUGAUAGAGGGGGCAUGGAUGCUGUUUCCUUUGAUUCAAAUCCUGCUACUUAUUGGGUACUUGAUCCAAUUGAUGGCACUAAGGGUUUCUUGAAAGGAGACGAUGCUCUUUAUGUGGUGGGUCUGGCUCUUGUGGUGAAAGGAAAGGUGACAGCAGGAGUGAUGGGAUGUCCAAAUUGGACCGAUAUUACCAUAGCCAAUGAGAAAGAAGAAAGUAAUGCUGCUUGUCGUGGAAGUGGCAUCCUAAUGGUGUCUCAUGUAGGCUGUGGUACUUGGUCUAGGGACCUGUCUGCUGAGAUUGGGCAGUUCACAACAUCACAGGAUGUUUGGAAGAGAUGCUUUGUUGAUCACUGUUCAGUUGUACACAUGGCACGCUUCUGCAUUCCUGAUAGCCAAACUUGGAAUAUGAUACCGUUGUCUCUUCUCUUCAGCUCAACGACAGAUGAAUCUGAUCCUAAAGAUGAGAACAAAAUCCUUCUACAGUAUGCUUGCUGUGGCAGCCUGUGCAAGUACCUAAUGGUAGCUUCUGGGAGAGCCUCAGUUUUUUUCAGUCGAGCACGGGCGAAAACUCAAAUCAAGGCUUGGGAUCAUGCAGUUGGGGUAGUUUGUGUGCAGGAAGCAGGAGGUCAGAUCAGUGAUUGGAGUGGAAAACCGUUGGAUUUUUCAGCUGACCUAACAGGGCGCAGAAUCAUAUACCCAUGGGGCGGUGUUCUCGUGACCAACGGUGCUCUGCAUGACCAGCUCGUUGAAAUGAUCUCAGCAAAUUACAAAUAGUUGUAAUGUUGCAUAGCUUCAAACAGCAGCAAAGUUUUGUUUUUCUUGUAUACAUUUUACCGCGUUGACCAACAACUGUAUGCAGUGUCCACUUGAGAGAACAAACUUGUUCAGAUCGCUUCCAAUGCACUGUUAACCGAUUACCACAACUUGUUUACACGAACACAUGCUACUGUUUCUUUCUGAA